CUAAACGAAAAAAGAAAAAGAAAAAAAAAAGGGUUAAUUCGGAUCCAAAUUCCACCCCACCACUCAGCUUCAAACUUGUUUCAAAAUCCAAAUCUCACCCUACGCUCUGUGAUAGUAGCCGGGGUUUACGAGUUCUGCUAGACGAUGAUCAAAAGCAGAUGCUUUAAUGUAUUUUGAUAUCUCUGAGUUUCAAUCCGUUCUCCCUAAACAUGUUACUUUCCGGGAUUUCUAGAGGAACCCAUUUAUUUUCUCACCUUAACAAACCAAUUCAUCAGUUACCCUUUAAGCCCAGGCACCUGCUUCAAGCUGUUGCACCAAGGUACAAUUUUUAUGGAGCUAGUAACUAUAAUAUAUAUGGGGGAGAAUUCUGUUUUGGAUAUCGGAGAUUUAUUUCAAUGCGUGAGAAUGAUAUAGUGAAGUUGAGUGGUUAUAAUGUGAAGAGGCCAUCUUCCUCUAUUAAUCUCAGUCGGCAAUAUGCUACUCACGCUUCCAUAGAAAAGAAAUCAAAUAAGAUGCUUUUGUACUUGACGGGAUUGGUUUUUGCAAUGGUAGGAUGCAGUUAUGCUGCAGUUCCUCUAUAUAGGAGGUUUUGUCAGGCUACUGGUUAUGGAGGCACUGUUCAACGUCGUGAGAGUGUUGAAGAAAAGAUAGCUCGCCAUACCAAGGAUGGAACACUCACGACCAGGGAGAUUGUUGUACAGUUCAAUGCUGAUGUGGCUGAUGGAAUGCCCUGGAAGUUUGUUCCAACACAGAGAGAGGUGAGGGUCAAGCCAGGAGAGAGUGCCCUUGCAUUUUACACUGCUGAAAAUCGAAGUUCAACUCCCAUAACUGGUGUAUCUACUUAUAAUGUUACUCCAAUGAAGGCUGCAGUUUACUUCAACAAAAUACAAUGCUUCUGUUUUGAAGAGCAGCGACUUCUUCCUGGAGAGCAGAUCGACAUGCCUGUCUUCUUUUAUAUAGACCCUGAGUUUGAAACAGAUCCUAGAAUGGACGGUAUCAACAACUUGAUUCUGUCUUACACAUUUUUCAAGGUUUCUGAAGAAAAUUAGUGCUGUUUCUGUUAUGUUAUCACGAAUAUUUUCCACAGCGAAAGUAGAGGUUCUUCUGGACAUCAAAGGAUACAUUUUUAGAGUAGUAUUAAAGACUGCAGUUUGUAUUUACUGAAGAUGUUAAUCUCGUCCAAUAGCAAGUCUUGAAUGUAUGAACUUGAGGCACCAUCAUCUAAGAAUGGUAAUAUUUUAUCUUUUUUCUAUUAAAUAAAUAUAGGGGAUAAAAUUGUUGGCA